CUCUGGAUCGGAGGUGAUGAUGGCGUUGGAGGAGCAGCAUCGCUGAGUUCGCUCCUCUGAGCCUUUGAUAUUAUUAUAAUUAUAACAACGGUCGAAAUACAAUUACUCGCCUCGAUCUCCUAACCAGAAAGGAUGGGGAACGAAGGGAGCAUCGAGGGAGGCGGACAACCCGGGGAACCGGGCUCCAUCUCUAUGACGGGAGCGCCUGGUUCCAUUUCAGCACCACUGGGCUCUGGACAGCUCAUCAAGCCCGCCAAUGGUGCUGCUGCCGGGGGAGGAAUGGGUGGCGGACCGGGAAUUAAUAGGGUUCCCAUGGGGAGUCCUAAAUCUGGGAUGCAGACUGGCUACGGAGGAAUGGGUGGAGGAGGAGGUCAGAGACUGGCCAACCAAGAGAGCCACAGGCCGAUGCAGCAUAGCUCAGGCCUAGUCCAUGGCUCAGGCCCAGGCCCAGGGCAGGCUCAGGGUCAUGGGCCAGGGAUGGGUAGUGGUCCAGGUCAGCAUGGCCAGAGCCCCGGUCAGCCCGGUCAGCACGCCUCCCGACGAAACCUCCAGGUGGACUUUAGCGGUUCGGGUGGCCGGACGGGUCGCUCCUCCUCAAUGUCCCCGGACCGUGGGAUCACCCCCACCUCACCCUACUCAGUGCCCCAGAUCGCCCCCAUGCCCGUCAGCAAGCUGUGCCCACUCUGCUCCACCACGGAGCUGACCAAUCCGCCGGCCCUGCCAAACUACAACACCUGCACACAGUGCCGCUCCACCGUCUGCAACCAGUGUGGCUUCAACCCCAACCCCCACCUCACAGAGGUCCAGGAGUGGCUCUGUCUCAACUGCCAGAUGCAGAGGGCGUUGGGCAUUGACAUGACCACCGCACGAUCCAAGAGCCAGCCGCAGAUCCACUCUCCAUCCCACCAAGCCAAACCCAUUGUCCAGCCAUCACCUGUUCAUCCAGCCCAGCUAAAAUCCCAUCCCCAGCCCCCACUUCAGUCUUUACCCCACUCCCAGCCCCAGGCCCAACCCUAUGGUCAAACUCAGCCCCAGGCCCAGCCCUACGGUCAAUCCCAGCCACAGUCCUUUGGCCAAACUCAGCCCCAGCUCUAUGGUCAAUCCCAGCCUCAGCAACAGCCCUACAGCCAAACUCAGCCCCAACCCUAUGGUCAAUCCCAGCCCUAUGGGCAGUCCCAGCAACAGAUCUAUGGUCAAUCCCAGCCCCAACAACAGCCCUACGGCAAAAGCCAGCCCCAGCAACAGCCCUUUGGCCAAACCCAGCCUCAAGACAACCCCCAGGCUCAGCAUCAGCCACAGCCCUCCCCUGGCCUACAGAGACACCCUGUCGCCGGCUCAGCCUCCCUGCCCGGGUCUUCGACAAGCUCUCCCCAGCACAUCCCAUAUGGCCAGAGAGGGCCUGGAGGUCCCGGCCAGCCCCGGAUACCCCACCCUGGGGCAGUCCCCCUGGUGGGCAUGGCCAAGGCUCCCUCCCAGCCAGACCUGGGCAGAGGAAUACCAACGCACCAGGGCGGCCGCCAGGCUGCCAGCGCCGGCUCCUCCCCCGCACAUCGACCCUCCGCCCCCCAGGGGCAGCCCCCCCAGGACGGCCUGACCAAACUGUUUGGCUUUGGGGCGUCGCUCCUCAACCAAGCGGCCAGCACCCUGGCAUCUGUGGACCCCCUCUCAGGGCCACCGUCCUCCCAGCCCUCACCUGCCAGGGGUGGACCUGCCAAUAAACAAGAAGGACCUCCUGGUGCCAAACCUUUCCAGACAGGUGGCCCGCAUGCACCCCAAGUGGGUGGCCUCCAUGCACCAACUCAGAAAGGGCCCCAACAGCAGCAGUCGCCUGCGCAUCAACACAAGGGGCCACAGCAGCAGCAAGGGUCUCCCCUCAAACAGCAGCAGCAAGGGUCUCCCCUCAAACAGCAGCAGCAAGGGUCUCCCCUCAAACAGCAGCAGCAAGGGUCUCCCCUCAAACAGCAGCAGCAAGGGUCUCCCCUCAAACAGCAGCAGCAAGGGUCUCCCCUCAAACAGCAGCCGGCGGCCAGACAGGAGCCUGCUCCCAAGCCUGUCGAGCCUGAGAAGCCCAAAGUCAACUGCCCCCUGUGUAAGACGGAGCUCAACAUCGGCAGCACAGCCGAGCCGCCCAACUACACCUCCUGCACCCAGUGCCACGCCCAAGUGUGCAACCUGUGCGGAUUCAACCCAGCGCCUCACCUGGAGAAGAGGGAGUGGCUCUGUCUGAACUGUCAGACCCAGCGGCUGAUGUCCGGAGGACUCGGAGACCCCUCUCCUGUUCCUCAUCCUUCUCCAAAGCACCAACCAAUGGGAUCUCCACGCCACCUGGCACCAGCCAGUCAGCAGCCAGCUCAGAAGCCGCCCUUCCUGAAAUCGACCAAUCAGCAGCAGCAAGGGCCAAGAACGAUGCAGCCACAGCCGCAGCCGCAGAAGCCAAAGACAGGCCUGGGGAGCGGACCUUUCGCAGUGAAGCAAUCCGGGGACACAAAGGCUCCUGUCCAGCCCACACCUUCCAAUGAGCCCCCAAAACAACCGAAGGCCACGGAAGAGACUAUGCCAAAGUCAGAGGAGCUGGUGGAACCUGCUAUAGACACCAAACUAACUCAGAAGAAGGGAGAGCCAAUCACAAAAGACCUAAAGAAGUCAAGACAUUAUGACGAGACCAAGAACAGCACUCAAGACCUGUCACGAAGCCCCCAGAGCCUGAGCGACACCGGCUACUCCUCGGAUGGCAUCUCCAGCUCACACAGUGAGAUCACCGGCCUCAUCCAGGAGGAGGAGAUGAAGCUGAGUGAGAGGGGCAUCAGCGGACGUGGCAGCCCCCCCAGCCCUUCCGAGAUCACCAAGCUAGAGAGUUCCAUGAGGCCCCUGUUGGAGUCCAAGACCCUGCCGGCCGAGGAGAGGGAGCGCGAACGGGGCCGGGGCAGGCACCACCGAGAGCAGAGGCCCCGGUCGCUCUCCAUCACCCCAGAGGCCUACGACUCUGAUGAGGAGCUGGAGGACAUCGUGGAGGAGGAGGAGGACGGAGGGGACUGGGAGUCCAAACGGGAGCACAAGAGCAGUGCCGCUCCCAAGGACGAGAAGAAAGUGGCCGAGCCGGUGCCAAUGACAGAUGAGGAGUUCAUGAGGAGGCAGAUCAUGGAGAUGAGCGCAGACGAGGACAACGAAGAAGAGGAGGACAUGGAGGAGGAGGACGAGGAGGACGAAGGCUACGGCUACCAAAAACCGAAAAAGACACACAAGCACAUCUCGGAGUCAAUGAAAGAGAAACGCCGCCUAUCUCACCACUCCAGCAGCUUCGAGGAGGAGACCAAAAGCUCCAGUGACAUCUACAAAGGUUCUGCGGAGGAAGGAGAGGAGGGGGGCCUGGGGGGCCUGCGCCGCUUCAAGACCAUUGAGCUCAACAACACCAACAGCUACAGCCAUGACAUGGAGCUCAACAAUGAAAAUGACCUCAGUCUGGACCGAGAGCCCGAGCUAGAGAUGGAGAGCCUGACGGGAUCUCCUGAGGAGCGCUCCAGGGGAGAGUACUCCUCCACCCUGCCACCCACCACCUCCAGCUAUAACUCUGGCACCUCACCCACCUCCAUCUCCUCCAUGGAGGACGACAGUGACAGCAGUCCCAGCCGCAGACAGAGACUGGAGGACGCCAAGCAGCAGAGGAAAGCCCGGCACCGCUCCCAUGGCUCCCUGCUGCCCACCAUCGAGGACUCCUCUGAGGAGGAUGAGCUGAGGGAGGAGGAGGAGCUGCUGCGGGAGCAGGAGAAGAUGAGGGACCUGGAGCAACAGAGGAUCCGCAGCACGGCCAGGAAGACCAAAAGAGACAAAGAGGAGCUGAGGGCCCAGAGACGCAGGGAGAGAUCCAAGACGCCCCCCAGCAACCUCUCCCCCAUCGAGGAUGCCUCCCCUACUGAGGAGCUGCGACAGGCUGCAGAGAUGGAGGAGCUCCACCGAUCCUCUGCCUCAGAAUACUCCCCCCAGAGCCUGGACUCAGAGGCUGAGGGAUACGAGUCUAAACUCUACAAGUCUGGAAGUGAAUAUAACCUGCCCACGUUCAUGUCUCUGUACUCUCCGACCGAGAAGUCAUUGACGACCACGACGAUCACUGCUCCCUCGAGCAGCAAGCCCCUGAAGAGUGCUGAGGAGGUGUAUGAGGAAAUGAUGAGGAAAGCUGAGUUGCUGCAGAAACAACAGAAACCGCAGCAGCAUCAGAAACAACAGAAACCGCAGCAGCAACAAGGGAGACACAACAGUACAUACAAGGAUGACACAAACGGCCAACAGUAUGAAGAUGAGUAUGAGUAUAAGCAGGCAGAGACUGGCUAUGAAAACGAAGCAGCAGAGACAGGAGACAUCUACGAAGAGAUCCGCCAGACCUCCCAGAACAUCACUAAGAUGCACCAGUCCUCCGCCCUGGAGUUACAGCAGCAGGCAGACGACCAGGUGGAAGUAGACAACAGUACCUAUCCAGAUAAGCAGCUUUUAGAUACUGGGUCAGCCUUCACUAAGCUGCUUGAGCAGACCAAUGACCUAUUGACUCCUGGCACCAGCCCCACUCAGCUCUCUGCACCUGUGUCCUUCUCUGAGACCGGAGGAAGGAUCCCUGAUGUACGGGUGACACAACACUACUCAAAAGGGAUGAAGAGCCAGACGGGUAAAAAUGGCAUCACUCCAGUGGCGGUCGUCACCACAAUAGCCGCCUAUGGGGUUUAUUCCCGGGAUGCAGUGACCAUUUCCCAGACCAGCGUUAGUCAAACGAUGACUACCACCCAAUCCACCAUGUAUGGUCGGCAAACUGGAGGUCCCACCACUUCAACCACAACCGUCUCAAAUGUGUGCAGCAAGAUAGCGGAGAUAACACAGGCAUACAGCCAGAGAGAAGUGGUUGCGAGGAGCGUGGGGGAGAACCGAGGGGUCCAAGUCAGAGACAGUGCAACAUCUUCAGAGCACGUCAUAGAGACCCGCUCGCCAAAGAUGUCUUCGUACUACAAGAGCUCCAGCCCCCCUCUGUCUCCCUCCGCAUCGCCCACUGAGAGCCUAAGUCGCUCCCCCUCCAGGAGGGUCGAGAUCUCCACCCAGACAUUCAGCCCAGGCAUAGUGGCUCCGUCUGCUGGCUCAGGGCCCACCUCCCCAGUGAUGGUCCAGGGGACCCAGACAUCUCACAGAGUCGUAUCCUCACGUCUUUUCAGACAGCAAUCCUCCCAGGACUCCCACUACAUGGACACCGAGCACACAAGCCCUGCCAAACCAGUGACGGUCAACACGGCCACCUCACCUUUAUCCUCGCCCACCAGAUUCUGCCGACAGUUGACAUUAGAUGGCUACUCUCCACAGGCCAGUCCGCCAGACAGCCCUCCAUACCACCAGUCUCCUCACCGCAGCUUCUAUAGGAUGCAGAAGGUGGAAAAGGUCAAUGUUGGCACCAGCAUGGUCACCACAGCUAGCACCUACAGCCGUGGUUCGAUGUCUAUGGACAACAUCUCUCUCUGCAGGAUCUCCACUGUCCCAGGGACCUCGAGAGUGGAGCAGGGCCAGAUGAUCUAUGGUGGGAGCGUGGUGGAUCUGAGAACAGUGGAUCAGAGAACAGCCACUAUACCAGCUCCCAUCAUCAUGACUGACCACGGCAUGGAUCUUACGUCUCUGGCCACAGAAACACGCAAAUACACCAGUGGACACGAGGGGAGCCACCCUUCCACCAUCAUUCAGCCUCUCAUAAUGAACCUGAACACCCAGCAGCACCCCCAUGUGAUGGUAUCAACCGCAACCACGGUGAGCAUCACGGUGGCCGCCUCCAUGUUCAUAUCACAGCCCCAACAGCCCAUGGUCUACGGGGACCCUUUACAAAACAGAGUGGACCUGGGCCAUGGUUUGGGCUCAGCCAUGUGCCUGUCACAGAACAAACCACCACCCACUGAUCCAUCCAUCCCCAAGAUUGACGCCAAGCUGGAGGACCUGAGCAUCCAGCAGCAGCAGCUGAUGGAGCAGCAGCAGAAGCUUCAACAGCAGCAGCAGCUCUUGGAGCAGCAGCUCCAGCAACACCAUCAGAUGCAGCAGCAGUCCUCCUUAGGUCGGUACAACCUACCAGGCCAGAUGACUCUGCUCAAAAAGGACCUUCUGGUCAGCCAAACCAGCAACUCCCCAGCCGUGGUCAGUGCUAUAUCCUCCGCCGUCGCCCCUGACAUCUACAGCACUGGAGGUCCCCUGGAGCUGAAGAGCAAGCCAAUCCCGGCAGGUGUGAUGAACCUGGCAGGCGGUGGGCCUCAUGGUAUGAUGGUCCAGAUGAAUGGAGCCCCACAGGGAGGACCAGUGACCCAGCUGGUGAAGACAGAAAAGAGCCAGGAUGCCGUGGACCUCACAGGAGGGCAGAUCAAAGCUGAGAACCAACCGGCCUGCUGUGAUGUAGUGUACCGCCUCCCAUUUGGAGGUAGCUGUGUUGGUGGUCCGUUCUCCCAGAAGCAAAAUGUUGAUGAGACAGUGGCCACUCAAGAGCCAAGACCACCCUCUGCGCCACCACUCUCCUACGAGUCGGACCAGGAGGGCCAGUAUCAGGAUAUUUCUAUGGACGGGCGUAAAGCCUACACACUACCGUACCCUGGGCGGCUACAGCCCUCGAUGUCUGACACCAACCUAGCAGAGGCCGGACUCCAGUCCUACCACUCCAAGAUGGACCCACACAUCACGGCCUCUGGAGAGCUGGCCGUGGACCUCAGCACCAUGAAGCAUGCCUAUGAGGGAGGCUUCCUGGGACUGGGCAUGCAGUACGGCUCCUACACUGACCUACGCCAUGGGGGUGACCUCACUGCUACUGCCCUGCCCAUACGCAGAUUCAACUCCCUGUCAAACAUUAGCUCAGACUACGGCUACUCGCCCCGAGACCUCGCUAACUUCCAGGAGUCCAACCUGGCCCAGUACAGUGCCACCACUGCCAGAGAGAUCAGCCGAAUGUGCGCUGCCCUCAACUUAAUGGACCGCUAUGGGAGCAAUCCGGAGCUUGUGCAGUACGGUGUAGGAAGGGGAACAGGUCCAGGUGGCAGGCUUAACUCUAUGAGACAAAAUAUGCUCUACGGACCUGAUGGGAAGCCAAUCUCUCAAACCCAAGCGCUCACCAACAUGAUCAAUGCCAGGCAAGCCAGCCUCCGAGCCAUGUACCCGUCUGCCAUGAGGUCUGCUGAUGGAAUGACCUACUCCACCAUCAACACGCCCAUCGCAUCCACCUUGCCAAUCACUACCCAGCCUGCCUCAGUGCUGUGCCCACUACUGAGGGGAGUGUACAGGCCUUUACCCACUGCCAACAUGACACCCGUGCCUCUGGCCAGCCUCACCAGGAUGCCUGUGAACCCAAGGAUGCCUUUGUCUGGGCAGGCUCCAUACCGUUAUCCGGCCUCUGUGAGCAUGCCUGCUGCUAUCACCACCACCCAGGAUGCCCCAGUCUACCUAGGGAAGCCUUCUGUGAAAUCAGGUGCUUCUGAUCCAUCAUCUCAACCUCUCUUUGCCCAUUCAUCAGCCCCGGUCAGCUUGCCAACAGAGCCCCAGCAGCAACCCAUGAACCUGACCCAGGCUCACCUCCACACUCAGGCCACAGGGCAGCCCCGGGUCCAGCCUCAGAACCAACCUCCAGCCCAGCCCCACCACAUGCAACCUCAAUCCCAUCCUCAGAGCCAGCCUCCACCCCAGAGCCAGCCCCCUCCAGCCCACAAUUACCCUCCAACACAAAGCUACACUGGGCCCCAGAGCAACACCCAGCCCCCUCCGUCUGGCCCACCCUCCAGCAGCCCAGUCAACACUGCGACGGAGACGGAGGAAAGGAUGCAGCGCCAGCAUGAGCAGCUGUUGCAAAUGGAGCGGGAGCGUGUGGAGCUGGAGAAGCUGCGUCAGCUACGUCUGCAGGAGGAGCUGGAGAGGGAGCGCAUGGAGCUGCAGCGGCACCGCGAGAAGGAGCAGAUGCUAGUGCACAGGGAGAUUCAGGAGCUUCAGACCAUCAAGGAGCAGGUCCUGCAGCAGCAGCAGGCUGAGAGGGAGAGCCAGCUGGUGAUGCAGAAGGAGCAGUUGGCCCAGCAGAAAGCCCAGCUCGACCAGAUACAGUCGCUGCAGCAGCAGCUUCAGCAGCAGCUCGAGGAACAGAGGAGGCAGAAGACUGCUGCAGCUGCUGCUGCAGCCGCCGCAGCCGCUCAGGUGGACCAGAACGGCCAGACCCUGCUGCCCUAUGGAGAUCAAGUGGGCUUCAUUUCCCUGCCCAACUCCUCUUCGGACAUGUGUCUAAGGAACAAUGAAGAGCAUAUAGAGACCAGAACCAACAUGAGGAGGCAGAACUCCACCUCCAUGCCCCGGCUGAGGGACGGAAUGGAGGGCGAGAGCAUCCAGUUCUAUGGAGCACGGAGGAUCGUGGAUAGCUGUGUCCAGACAGACGAAGAGGAUGGCGAGGACAGGUACAUCAUGUCACGGCGCAGACGCAACAGGCGCAGUGUAGACUGCAGUGUCCAAACCGAUGAUGAUGAGGAGAAAGUGGAGUGGGAGCAGCCUGUGAGGCGCAGGCGCUCUCGCUUCUCUAAGCACUCGGAUCCCGGGGCCGAAAACAAGACAGACACAGCCUCCAAGACAGCCGCCUCAUCCAGCAUCGCCAUCCAGACCAUUCGAGAUAGCUCCUGUCAGACCGAAACAAACCAUCUGGGGAAGGUGUCCCCGGCUAUCCAUGUCACCGUGCCAGACCCGAACAAAAUCGAGAUUAUCCACUACAUCUCAGGCCCUGAGAGGACCCAGAAGGGCCAAAGCCUAGCCUGCCAAACAGACGUUGAGGCCCAGUCUCAGGGCGUGGUGGUGCCUCAGCUCAGCGUGCCCACCACCGUCAGCCCCUACUCCACAAGCAUCCAGCUGGUGGGGUCCGCCGACCCGCGCCAGCAGCAGAACAGGAGGAGGCCAGACCCCCUAGAAAUCAGUUACCAGACCCAGCCAAUGAACCACCUCCACAAUGAGUCCCUCUCCAGCCUGAUCCGUCAGCCCCCCAAGUCCCCCCAGGUGCUCUACUCCCCUGUUUCCCCCGUCUCCCCCCACCGCCUCUUGGAGACGUCCCUCUCCAGCGGCGGGCUGAACAAGGCCCACGUCACCCCCCAGCAGAAAGCCUACACGGUCGAGUCACCCCAACGCCACCCCAGCAUGCCCCGGCCCAUUAAGAGCACACAGAGGUCCAUGUCGGACCCCAAGCCCCUAAGCCCCACUACAGAUGAGACAACCAAGGCCAGGCUAAACCUGUACCAGCAGCAAGCUCUUCAGAGCCAGCUGGCCGCCCUGCAGCAGAGUGCCCUGAGGAAGGUGAAGAGGACCCUGCCCAGCCCCCCUCCAGAGGAAAGCCACCUCCCCAUCAUCACACCGGCCCUCCCCCAGAUGUACAUGCCUUCCGUGCCCUCCCUGAGGGCCGGAACCAGGCCAGGUCUGGCAGCCAAAGCCAGCCUGCUGAAGGACCUCACCCACGAACUGAAGGCUGUGGAGCAGGAGUCCACCAAGCUUCGUAAGCAGCAGCAGGAGCUGGAGGAGGAGGAGAAGGAGAUUGAUGCCAAGCUGCGAUACCUAGAGCUGGGCAUCCAUCAGCGCAAGGAGACCCUGGUGAAGGAGAGGGAGAGGAGGGAUAUGGCCUAUCUGCGCUGCAUGGGCGACCCGCGAGACUACAUGUCAGACAGCGAGCUGAAUAACCUGCGGCUGGCGGCCGCUGUAGCUUCCUACGAGAGCAACGGGGUGCUGACCAGACCCAGCACAGCACCAAUGAGCCAGUUCACCAGCGACUUCAACACAGCCGCCCAGUUUCCUCCCACCUCCUCCUUCGUCUCCUACCAGUCCUACCACACCCUGAGCCAGCCAGCUCCAGCUCCCCAGCCCGGCACCCCUUACCAGACUGCAUCCUUCAACCAGCCCCCCUACCCUUCAGUGUCCCAGGCAGCGGCUCUCCCCCAGCCCACCCCCCUGCAGACCCAACAUCCUCCCCCAUCCUACCAGACCCAUUCCUUCUCCUCCCACACAUUCCCACAGAGCCAUCCCCCCUACCCGACAGAGCAGGGUGUGCACCCACUGCCUCAGCAACAGCAACAGCCUAGCCACCAGGGAUUCCAGCAUGCCCAGCCUGGCCAACCUCCCUACCCCACCCACACCUCUCCAUACCCCAGUCAGGUGUCCUACCCAGCUGGCCCUGGGCAGAUCACUCCCUACCAGCCCCAGGUAGACAUCCUCACUGUCCACCAGAGACCGAGACAGACCUCGCUGGCUGACCUGGAGCAUAAGAUGCCCACCAAUUAUGAGGUUGUAAGCAACCCCACUGUAGGGGUGACCACCACGGCCCAAGACACCAUCUACUCCUCCUCCAGUGGGGCACCCCCAUACGGACAGUAUACUGGUGGUACCACCAUGGUCAACACUUAUGGGCCAUACUCUACGGCAGUCUCCAGUACAUAUGGCCAGUACAGCACGACAGUAUCCAACACAUACGGGCAGCAGUACACUUCCACCCCGGCCAGUACGUAUGGCCAGUAUAUCACCACCACAGCUAACACCUAUGGCUACACCACCACUACAGCCAGCUCCUACGGCCAAUACACUGCGACAGUGGCCAACAGCUAUGGCCAUGGCACUCCAUCUGACCGUCUGCACUCAGUUGACAGCCCCUCUACCUACGCACAGGACGGUCUCUAUGGUCCCGCAAGCCUGGAGCAGAAUGUCCCAAGGAACUACGUCAUGUGCGAUGACAUCAGCGAGCUGACCAAGGAGGGCCUGGGCGGCACAGUGGACAUGCACCGGAGCGACGGCCACGGUGGACGCUACGCAGGGGAGAGCGGUCCGGCGAGAGGAGGAAGCUCCUACGGCAGGCCGGAGGACGAGCUGACCAGGGAGGAAGACAUGUAUGAGCACCACAGCAGGGCCUACCAUCUUGGCCAGGAAGAGACGGACUGGUUUGAGAAGCCCAGGGACCUGCGCUCUAGCUCCCGCCACUAUGGCAGUGGUGGCCACUCCUCGUCCGGCCGUAGCCGCCACGUCAAGCACACCUACCACGACUAUGACGAGCCCCCAGAGGAGGACCUGUGGCCCCAGGACGAGUACGGCCACAGCCGCCAAUCUUCCACCUCGCGAGACCAUCGCCACCACGGCAGCACCAGUUCUGGGAGACACUCCGCCUCGUCCCGCCACUCGGACGAACCGCGCACCUCGCGCUCCUCCAAGGGCCAUCCCAAAGACCCGUCCAUGCGCCACGACUCCCGCCAGAUGUCCUCGUCAGGGAAGAGGGGUGACCCGCGCUCCCAGGGGGGGUAUCACUCAUCGGACUACUCCAGGGACCCGUCGGGCCACCACCACAGCCAGGGCCGCUCCUCCAAGUCCUCAUCCUCGCAUGAUGGGCGGACUUCCUCCAGAAAGCAGCAAGAACUCCAGGGUCACCCUCCUUCCUCCUCCAGGGGCCAGGGCAGCUCUGGCCGUGUGCCAGGAUCCGCCGGUGGGCCCCCGGGCUCUAGGGGACAGGGUCCUACCUCCCAGCAGGACGGGCUGCAGCAAGGCCAGCGCACCCAGCUGCAGCAGCAGCCCCAGACCUUGGCGGCACGACAGACAGGCACCACCCCUGCAGGCACCACUCCUGGGGGCCAGCAGCCUCUGGGCCUGGCGCCAGCCCAGCAGGGUCUACAGGCCAAGCCUGGUCAGCUUGGUCCUGGUCAAGCCGGUCGCCAGCCACAGGCAGGAGGCCCACUGGGGCAACUGCCACUAACUGCGCAAGCACCUGUCGCAAACACACCCCCUGUGACUGCCAUAGGAGCCAAAGCUGUCAUAGGAGGGGCAGCCCAACCUGCAAAAACACCUCAACCCCCACUCACAGGAAUAGGCUCCAAGGCUGCCCCUAGACCCAGUGGCAUCGGGAGUGCGGCAACAGGACAACCGGGGAUGGAGGGGGAUAGUCUCCUCUCUAAAGUCCUACCAGGAAACCCUGCAGAGGCAGCAGGAAAACUAGGAGAAGCUAUCUCCGGUUUCGGCAAGAAGUUCACCUCCUUGUGGUGAGGUGUUGAGAUGAUGGUGUCUGUAAAUGUUAUGGAGGACGUUGUGAGGCUUCGUACCAGAAAAACCUAGGAAGACCCCUGCUUUGUUUUACUAUGAGAGAGAGAGAGAGAGAGGGAGGGAAAGAUAUAGCCAUCGAUAGAGGAAAUCUGAGCGCACUGCCAAUGAGGACAGGAAUCAAUGGAUGCUGCGUGUCCCAGGCCUGAGCCCACGAUUGCAGAGAAACAAUGCUGCUUUCUCUGGCAGGCCAGACAAUCGUUUUGAGGCCACCAGGAUGCAAUGCCCACAGCCAAAGAUCCAGGCCCCUGACACCCUGGGACCCCCAGAACACCCUAGGGCUGUGGUCUGCACUGAGGUCACAAGCCCCGAGGACCAUUCCAGAGAGCGGCUAGCUGGAUAGAGAGCCUGUUCCCCCUGGUCUCUGCCUCUGUCCGGGUUUUCAGCACCAACUCGCAAACAGCCAUUAUCCUUUGGGGAAUGGGCUCUGUACUAAGGAAUACUCCAUCCAGCUGCUCUGUAAGAGGAUGGGAGGGAGCCACAAUACUGUGACACCCCAGCAUACUGAUGAUGCUGUCCUCUAGUCCAGUGGUUCCCAAACUUUUUUCGGGUAACUGAAUUUUGAUCUGCCCGGAGUACCCCUGAAGUACCCCCUCAUGUGCAUUUUACCAGUUGGCCUACUAUCUCAUGAGUCUUCUCAAGUACCCCCCUGUUGAUAGGCCAAAUACUAGUACCCCUGGUUGGGAACCACUGCUCUAGUCUGUGGGCUGUUGUGCUGCUGCCUGCUGGGGGCGGAAUACAUCCCAGGGGGCGUGGCCAUGGUGGCAGGUUAGGAUCCUUGAUUCCGUACGCCUGUGCUCAGACACACUCUCCUUUCAUCUCCGAAAUAAAGAAAAGAAAACUGAAGCGCUUCGUAGGUUUUUCUGGUACUAUAAAUACUUCCUGUUUCAUUUGGAUGCUGAUAACAAUUUAGGGAAGAAGAAGAAGAAGAAAGAAAACAAACAUAAUAAGGAUGACUAGCAUGACGACUCCACGGUUUGUUCUGGUUUUAUCUUUACAUUCCAGAAUGAAAGAAGGCACCUUUUUUUUUAUGCUGACUCAUUCUUUUUUUUUUUUGAUGUGUCUAAGAAGUGUAUCGUGGAUUUAGGAUUUUGAAUGCAUGGAACUUUAUAUCCAAGACCUUACACUGUUCACCAUUUCAAUCACAGAGGCCAUAAGACACUGGUUAAUAAUAAAACUAAUUUAAAAAAAAACUCCAAAAGAAGACAAGGUGGACAUAACACUGAAUCUGGCUACAGAAUGGGAGAAUCAUCAUUCGGGAGGUUUUGGUUGCACCAUGAGAGCCGAAUGUGGCUAGUUUUGCCAUUGCCGAGCCAUUAAUUUGAAAAUAAAAAACAUCCCCGGAACAUUUGGGUUCAUAGUGUUUCUGAACCUUCCCACAACGUUUGGGUUCAUAGUGUUUCUGAACCUUCCCACAACGUUUGGGUUCAUAGUGUUUCUGAACCUUCCCACAACGUUUGGGUUCAUAGUGUUUCUGAACCUUCCCACAACAUUUGGAUCUCUGGUGUUUUUUUUAUUUUAGUAUUUUUUUUACAACAGUUUUUUGUUCUCGCUCUGUAUUUGCCUGAUUUUCUGUUACAUGAUAACGGAUUCGCCUUAAUCAUGCCAUUGUUUUUAUUUCGAGUAAAGUGACUUAAAUAUCUUAUUUUUGUACUCCAUGUUGUGUCCAUAAAGCUUAUUUUCAUUGCAGACUUUUUUUUUAUGUGAUAAUGAUGUCAGCUGGAACAACAGCUGUGAGAUUCAUUUAAUAUUUUUGUAUGUUGUUUUACUUUUAGGUUUGAAAUGAUUUAUAUUAUUUAUUUUUCAUACAUUUAUGUGUUUAUGGUUGCCAUAAUAAUUGAUUACGUUAUUUAUUGAUUUAUGAUUAUUAAUAAUGAAAAUGCAAUAGUAUGUGGAAGGAAGUCAGUAAAGAGCACAGUCUUGUGUCAUUUAAAAGAAAAUCAGUGGUCAGGAAUGUGUUGCCUCUGUCUGCAUAUCUGAGUUGUGAAAUGUUCUGCUAUCACAUCUUAACAGGGCCACACCUGGGUCAGAUUCACUAGGCACCAAACCGAAGAAACAAUGGACUGAAACAGGGAGGGACUACCUGAAAUUGUCCAAUAAGAAACCCUCAUUUUCAUUUUCCAUUGUAAAACGUUUUGCAACGGUGUGCUCUAAUGAAUACGACCCUGGAAAUCCAUUCCUGUACUUUGUUACUGCCCAGACAAGGCACAUAAUAUCUGCCCAUUUUGAUAUGUGAGCACUGCAAGACAGCAGAGAGGCACUGAAUACAAACCAGUGCAAAUCACCAUUGAAUCUGACUUGAAGUACUUUAGCAUUCUUUUGUUGACUGUCAUCAUCAUCAAUGGGUUUUCAUGUUCUUCUGGCUAACUACAAAUGUUUUAAUAUCCAAAAGAAGACAAAAAGGGAAAAGAGAUAAUACUUACUGACAAGUAGUACAUAUAUAUGUGUGUUUCAAAUAUACUGAGGUUGACACACUGGAGAAACCUAGUCUGCGCACACUCACAUAUGGCGAUAUGAGUUAUGUGCACGUUCAAGGUGUUUGGAGCGUUAGACGCUGAAGAGUCAAAGAUACAGUUGGUUCAGUCACCGAUAGUUAUUUGCCUUUUGUUUUUGCGACCAAACUGCAAACCCCAAGAUGUUGACAGUUGUCACAGAAACCUCUCAGGUCAGUGUUCAUCCUGCUGUUCUUUGCAGUGCAGUGUAGUUGAACUGGUCAGGUGGGACUGGUCAGGCACUCCGAUGCUACAGAGGCCUACUGAUGGGAUCCCAAACCUGAUGUAUAUUCUCUCUCUCUCUCUCUCGCUCUCUCUCUGUGUGUGGACGCUGGGAUAAAGCAUGCUCCGGGCAAAAUCUCAGUAACAGUCACUUCUGUAUAGUUACGUUCCUGAUGUCUGUGUGUAUGUGUGAGUAUGCGUGUGUUUCUCAUCAUCCUAUUACAAAACAAACCAAUAUUUGACAAAUCAAACAGAAGUGUGUGGUCGACAGCAACUUUUCCAUUUCAAACGUUCUAUGCAAUUAAUCAUAUUUAGGGGAAAUACUAGGGAAGAAGAAAACCAACUGAAUACCGUUGUCAUGCCUGAGAAAAAUACUGCUUUAUUGUAGUGUUCCUGCUACAAAAACAAAAUUGACUUGUUUGUAUAUAGCUACAAUACUUUUAAGUCAGGAAUUUGAUUCAAUGUUUUUUGUUUGUUGCUGGCAUGUUUGAGUCUCCUCACUGAAAACUGGGACCUGUUGCCAAAGGAUUAACUAUAUAGGCACCCUAAAAACGGCACGCUAUUUCUAUUUGUGCACUAAAGGCUAUAGUGAAUCUGAUGCCAUUUUUUAAAAAUGUAGAAUACUGUCAUAAAAGUCUGCCAUCUUAUUGCUUCAAGCAUGGGUUGCUGGGUACAGUGAAUGGUCUUCUACGUACAGUACAGCUGUGGAUCCCAAUAUCUGGCUGCCAGUUUGUGCAAUUCUUAUUUCGUAAAGUGAAUAAAGCUGCUGAAGAAUUAAGCCAAUUCUAUGAAGAGAUUAAAUAUAUCAAUUAUAUAUACAGUACCAGGCAAAUGUUUGGACACCAACUCAUUUUUUAAUCUACACUGUUAUCUACACUGUAACUAGGAAAUAACACACAUGGAAUCGUGUAGUAACCAAAAGUGUUAAACAAAUCUAAAUAUAUUUGAGAUUUUUCAGAGUUGCCACCCUUUGCCUUGAUAACAGCUUUGCACACUCUUGGCAUUCUCUCAACCAGCUUCAUGAAGUAGUCACCUGGAAUGCACUUCAAUUAAUAACAGGUGUGCCUUGUUAAUUUGUGGAAUUUCUUUCCUUAAUGCAUUUGAGUAAAUCAAUUGUGUUGUGACAAGGUAGGGGUGGUAUACAGAAGAUUGUAUUGCGCAAUGAUGAAACUGGUUUUCAUGAGAACAGCCACAGGAAAGGAAGACCCAGUUAUCUCUGCUGCAGAGGAUAAGUGAAUUAAAGUUACCAGAAAUUGCAGCCCAAAUAAAUGCUUCACAGUGUUCAAGUAACAGACACAUCUCAACAACUGUUCAGAGGAGACUGCAUGAAUCUGGUCUUUAUGGUCGAUUUGCUGCAUAGAAACCACUACUUAAGGACACCAACAAGAAGAGACUUGCUUGGGCUAAGUAACACAGGCCAUGGACAUUAGACUGGUGGAAAUCUGUCCUUUGGUCUGAUGAGUCCAAAUUUGAGAUUUUUGGAUCCAAAAGCUGUGUCUUUGUGAGACGCAGAGUAGGUGAACGGAUGCUCUCUGCAUGUGUGGUUCCCACCGUGAAUCAUGGAGGAGGUGGAUUGAUUGUGUGGGGGUGCUUUGCUGGUGACACUAUCUGUGAUUUAUUUAGAAUUCAAGGCACACUUAACCAGCAUGGCUACCACAGCAUUCUGCAGCGAUACGCCAUCCCAUCUGGUUUGCACUUAGUGGGACUAUGAUUUGUUUUUCAACAGGACAAUGACCCAACACACCUCCAGGCUGUGUAAGGGAUAUUUGACCAAGAAGGAGAGUGAUGGAGUGCUACAUAAGAUGACCUGGCCUCCAUAAUCACCCGACCUCAACCCAAUUGAGAUGGUUUGGGAUGAGUUGGACCGCAGAGUGAAGGAAAAGCAGCCAACAAGUGCUCAGUAUAUGUGGGAACUCAUUCCAGACUGUUGGAAAAGCAUUCAAUGUGAAGCUGGUUGAAAGAAUGCCAAGAGUGUGCAAAGCUGUCAUCAAGGCAAAGGGUGGCUACUUUAAAGAAUCUAAAAUAAAAUAAAAUAAAAUAUUUGUUAAACACUUUUUUGGUUACUACAUGAUUCCAUAUGUGUUAUUUCAUAGCUUUGAUGUCUUCACUAUUAUUCUACGAUGUAAAAAAAAUAGUAAAAGAAAACAUUGUGGUUCUGGUACUGGUACUGUAUAUAAAUAUACAGUAUAUGUAAAAACAAAUACUAUAUAUUAAAUAUAUAUGAUAAUAUAUAACACAAAUAUUUCUGUAAUGACAGGCACUUUUCAUGAUCAAAGGGGUUGACCUUGUGUGUGUACACAAGGUCAGUACCUAUAAAUAUAAUAUGAUACACGUGUAGUUUGAACGUUGAUGGGAGGCUGCUGGCACUACAAAGCUUGUUUCCUUUUGGUGUGACCCACAGAAAACCAUUGUAGGCUAUAUCCACUCACCAUUCAUCUGGCUUGAAGGACCUUGGGAGGCUAUAGUGUGAACAUCCCUUAACCCACAACUCACUCGGUACACUAACUGCUAUUUCAAGUAUGGGCGAAUUAGUUCAAUGUAAAAAAAUAUAUAUAAAAAACAUUUUCAAAAAAGUGGAGAUAUUUUUAUGACUUCUUAUGACUUACAUUUAUGGAAUAUCUAUACAGAAAUAUUAUUUUAUCAUACAGAUGAAUAGAGUCAUUGGUACGCUGUCCAUAUCUCUAUGGACUUUAUGGAAUAGAAUCAUGAUCGUAUCAAUAUUGACCUAAUGGAGCUGGUGCAAAGGCCUGCUGACAGUCAAUAGACACUGGCAUGGAAAAGCACCUCACAAGCUCACUGCCAUUAGAACAGACUAGUGACAUAUAGUCAUUGUCCCCUGACUGGAAUAUUAGAUAUGUGUAAAUUAGAUAUAGAUAUAAUAGAGGUCAUAAUAAUAAUAAAGCUGUAAAAAAAUCAAUAGAAACAAAGGGAAACGAUAUUUAUCCAAAUCCAAUUAUGACUUGUGUAUGUUUAUGUUUGAAGGAGUUUGUAACUGUGUUCAAUCACUUUGCCUCAGGAAAGCACACACAAAAUGCACCGCGGCGAAACGAACGGGGACGUUAUAAUAUGCAUAGUAGUAAGGGCUUAUUAUUCCAAUGUUGGUCAAUCAAGAAAGCCAUCUUGUUACUGUCCCAUCCAGUCCUACAUCUACUCUGGAUUGCACGGGCUUCAGACCACAGCAUUUUGCCAGGGACAAAAUACAAACACUCAUGUCUUUUUUUUUAACGUCAACCAAAAAUGUUGCUUUUAAAGUAGCAUAGCAAACUGUGACGAUCUGCCCUUACUGUGGGUGGUUGUGGAUGGCUAUGCACAGUGAACAAAACAAGUAUUUAUUACUAUGGAUGAAGAGAAAAAGGGUGACAGACAGGUUUAGGAAGGGAAUGUUGAAACGAAGAAACAAAAAAGCUACAGGAAAAUGUUUCACAACCAACCAGGGAGCAGUCAUCUUUUUAAAAUAGUGAAAAGUAACAAAUGCAUGAGCUAAUGCAACCUAACGCCCGACUCCCCAGCCUCAGGCCUCUCCUUUCACCUGGCAACCAUAUUCACUGUAAAUACCAGUCAGGACCAUAGACCACGCCGUACAACAUGUAAAAUGUCAUACAAAACACCAUCACAGGCACGGGACGCCAUAGUGUGCAGUGAAGCCACACAGGCCGACAUCGCCAAACGUGUGCUUUUGUGUAACAAAAAUAAAAUACAAAAAAAAAGAGCAGUUAUUGCUUUUUUUUAAAGCAUUGUGUAUGUGGCUGGCUCGUGCAGACUGUUUAAAAAGAAAACGUUGUAUUCAGAAACAUAUUGGUCAGUGUAAAGUUUCUAUACAUGUUGUGUUUGUAAAAUGAGAAGAAAAAAACCCUCAAAAGGGAUAUCCUGGCUUCCAUAUACAAACAUGUUUGGGGGGUGUAUAAAAAAAAUGUAAUCUAAUUGAAAAAAAGCUACAGAAAAUAAAGGCAGAGUCCCUAAAUGAAUAAGAUGUUACAUUCACUGUUGUAAGUGCAAUGAGCUAUACUUCAUGUAUCCAUUGUAAAACCUUGUGUAUGUUUCAGUGUAUUCCUGUAAACAAUUGUAUUAGACUUGGUGCAUCAUGUCAUGUAAUGUGAUGAAUGAAAUUAUGACCUUUACAAUACAUUUCAAAUCAGGAAAGGAAUAAAGAGAACA